AUGACGGUUCCUCCCUACGCAGUGGCAUACGUGGUAACGGUGGUUGUCGCAUGGUCUGCAGACCACUUCAACGCCCGCGGUCUGCAUUCAGCCAUAUUCUCCUUCAUCGGCGCAAUGGGCUUCCUCGCCUCCGCCGUGCUGCCCGCAGAUGCAUACCUAAAGCGCUACGGGUGUCUGAUCGUCGGCUCCAGCGGUGCCUUCUCGUGCAUCCCUCCUCUGCUGGGGUGGUUGUCGUCGAAUAUCCACUCGACAGCCGGUGCAGGGCUUGCCAUCGCGUUGAAUAUCUCGUUUGGGGCGCCCGGCCAGAUUGUGGGGGUUUGGAUUUAUAAGGCUGAGGAGGCGGAGAGGGGGUACCCGACUGGGCAUUGGACGAAUGCGGCGUUGUUGUUGUUUGUUUGUGUGGGGUGUGUGCUGCUGCAUUUGUAUUAUGUUUUGAGGAAUCGGGGGAGGAUGGGGGGUGGAUUGAAGAGGUAUGCUUAUUGA